AACGCGUACACACAGACGGUCAGAAAAUCAAAAUCAAUCCGUUGUUUCAUACUGUUUUAUUUUCCUUGAGAUUUUCUUGGUUGUGCUACAAAUUCGCGAUUUCUUCUUCUCCUUUUUUUGGUCCAUUCUUCAGGUGUAAAGAUGGGUGAGCAUACUGUGGAGAACGUGAAUCAACUGCCAAAACUUGAGGUGGUUGAUUCUACUGGAAAGAAGCCAGAGAUGGUAGGGUCCUCAUCGUCCAUGGUGACAGAUAAUGAUAGAGUGGUGGUGGUGGUGGAAAAUGAGGAGGACGAGCAAGCGCCUCUAAUAGGAAUGGGAGAGUGCCGUAUUUGCCAAGAAGAGGAUUCUUUCAGCAACUUGGAGAGUCCUUGUGCUUGCAGUGGGAGUCUUAAGUAUGCCCACAGAAAAUGUGUACAGCACUGGUGUAAUGAGAAGGGAGACAUAACCUGUGAGAUCUGCCAUCAGCAAUAUCAGCCUGGUUACACUGCAAUUCCACGUCCUCCUCCUGAUGAGACUACUAUUGAUAUCGGGGGAGUAUGGCAAAUUUCUGGGACCCCACUUGACAUGCACGAUCCUCGUCUUCUUGCAAUUGCCGAGGCCGAACGUCAGUUGUUUGAAGCUGACUAUGAUGAUUAUAAUGGCACCAAUGCUAGUGGUGCUGCCUUCUGCCGCUCGGCUGCCCUGAUCUUAAUGGCUCUUUUAUUACUGAGGCAUGCACUUUCGAUCACUGAUGAUGGAAAUGGUGAUGGAGAUGACGAUGCAUCGGCAUUCCUGUCUCUGUUCUUGCUUCGUGCGGUCGGAUUCCUUUUGCCUUGCUACAUCAUGAUCUGGGCCAUCAGUAUCUUGCAACGCAGGAGGCAAAGACAGGAAGCUGCAGCUUUGGCUGCAACACAGUUUGCAAUUGUUGUCCAGUCUGCUCAAAGCAGAGGCCUACUUGUGGCCGGUGAACAGGCGGAGGUACCUUUGACGGCACCCUCUCAUCCAGAGCAUGUUUGAUAACGAGACUUUGGCUUUGUGCGUUGCUGUUUGUGGACCAUCUUUCUUUCUUGCGGAAAACGUACAAUUUGUGUGGAGGGGAUUAUGGGAUUUGGACUUAAUGCGGCUCUGUUUUUUCGAAUUAUCCACUUUUAUUUUGCAUUAUGGGAGUUUUCUCAGUUGCAUCAGUGUAUAUUAAUUUCAGGGAGGUUGAGUGCAUUAUCGUUCAAUUAGAGGUUGUGUAACGUAUUAAUGAAAAGUGUAUGUACUUAAUGUACCUUGUUAAUUAAUGUAUGACUUUAUUUCCAGUUGAUUCACUAUAUCUUUAAUUGGUGAGAGCAUAAAUUUUUGUGUGAGAUAGUGUAACCGUUAGGCGGGUCGACUCGUCAUAUUCGAUGAAUUGAUAAUCAUACUUUGUCAUAUUUUUUGUUUGUGAUGUUUUUAACUCUUGACAUUUUCUAAUGAAUGCAUGCAUAUUUGUGGAAAGA